AUCUGUUACAUAAACCGCUCUGAAGCUGUGACUAUCUGACAGGAGCUUCAAGAUUUGCCCAUAGAGAUAUCUACCAAUAAGUCUAGAACUAUUUUAAUUCUAACUUCAUAGAUAUAGAAAUAGAUAGAUAUAGAAAUAUAGAAAAUAUUCACCAUCGGUCGAACAUUUGUGGAUUCUUCCUGACUAUUGGAGCCAUUGAGCUUGAUUGACAAAAGACGCACUCAGGCAGACUGUGGGACAAAGAUCAUUAAGCAGUGUUUUCGCAGGAAGGAUUUUAUGAGCGCAAAGAUGGCGGCUUCAUUGCUGAGGAUAGUGCGACUUGGCUCUACCAAGUGCGUGCAGGCGGAGAGGUGGAGCGCUCCUGCAGCUGCUGCCCUAUGCACAAAAGCUGGUGGUCCCAAGAAGCCCAAGAAGAGCAGCUCAGGAAAAAAGUCCCAGGGCAAAACAUAUUUUGAUUUAGAGAAGCUUGUACCACACAGAAAAUAUGUGGAGUUUCCAAAGAAAGUAAUGACACCAGCUGCUGCAGUAGAACUUGUCACCGCCCCAAAGUCUGUUGAAGCCGCUGCCGCAGAGCCAAUUGUUGCCGCGGCUGACGCUGUUCCAGCCCCCGCUGCAGUUGAAGCCACCCCCAUCGUCGACACAGUCGCCCCCGCAACUGAAGCCAUUGUUGAAUCCGCUGCUCUUGUAGCCAAAGCCACCCCCGUUGUUGAAGCCGCUGCAUCAGUAGCUGAAGCGGCUCCCAUCUUUGAAGCUUCGUCAGCGGCCGACACUCCUGUUGAAGCCGUCCCAGAAGCUGCUGCCCCUGCAGAAGCUGCCCCUGCAGAAGCUGCCCCAGUUGAAGCUGCCCCAGUUGAAGCUGCCCCAGUUGAAGCUGCCCCAGCUGCCCCAGUUGAAGCCAUAGCAGAAGUUUUGGUUGAAUCUGCCACAAUUGAAGGUGCGGCUGAAGCCCUCGUGGAAGUUGUAGCAGAGGUUGUGACUGUAGCUGCCCCCAUUGAAGCUGUGGCUGAAGCCCUCAUUGAAGCUGUAGCAGAGGUUGUAGCUGAAGCAGCCCAAGUUGAAUCUGCAGCAGAGGAGCUGAUUGCAGAGCCCCCGGUUCAACUGGACCCAAUCCAGAAGCUCUUCUUGGAUUCGAUCCGCGAGUACUCCUCAAAGAGCGUGGCCAGUGGCGGUUUGGUAGAUGCAGGCCCUGCAUAUGAGAAGAACUUGGCAGAGGAGCUGACUAAACUCCAGCGGCUUUAUGGUGGUGGAGACAUCACAGCUUUCCCAGAGUUCAAGUUCACAGAGCCCAAGCUGGAGGAAGUGGCCCCCAAGUAAACCUCACCAGUUCACUUUUCUACAGCUUUUUCCUGUCCAUUUGUUCUAUGAAUAUUGGAAGUCUAAAGAUAACUGUAUCAAGUUGAUGCUAAAAUCCUUUUAAUUUUCUAUGUGGUGGUGGGGGGGGGGGAUAGAGGAGUUUCUAUUUCUGUAUAAAUAUAAAUUCUCUGACUUGGUCUGUAUUAGAUGCACAUGUUAGAGGUCAAGCGUAGGCUGAGCCUUGAGCUGUGAAAUAUAUAUGCAUUUGCAUAGGAUGAUCCAUGAAUUUUGGAUGUGGGGGGGGGCUCUAAUCCAUAUUCUACUUUUGUUGCAGUCUUUCAUUCCAAGUUGAUCAAUGUCAUCAUUGUAAAUCGCAUGCAAUGCUAAAGUAAAAAGACUACCCAUGUUUGUAUUGUAUAACUGCACAUUAGUUACUGAAUGCAGAUUUGCCUUGAAACCGCAGUUACAGAAAAAUUGUGUUCACAUACAGUUGAAGUCAGAAGUUUACAUAUACACCUUAGCCAAAUACAUACUCAGUUUUUCACAAUUUCUGUCAUUUAAUCCUAGUACAAAAUUCCAUGUCUUUGGUCAGUUAGGACCACCACUUUUAUUUUAAGAAUGUGAAAUCUCAGAAUAAUAGGAGAGAGUGAGUUAUUUCAGCUUUUGUUUCUUUCAUCACAUUCCCAGUGGGUCAGAAGUUCACACACUCAAUUAGUAAUUGGUAGCAUUGCCUUAAAACGUGUCGGGUAGCCUUCCCACAAUAAGUUGGUUGAAUUUUGACCCAUUCCUCCUGACAAAGCUGGUGUAACAGUCCGGUUUGUAGGCCUCCUUGCUCGUGCACGCCUUUUCAGUUCUGCCCACAAAAUUUGUGAGGAGGAGGGUUUAUCCUCCAGGUCUUUAACUGUUUUCCAGAACUUCUUGGGGUUAGACCCACAGAGAGAGACCUGCUCCUUAAAGUAACUAACUUUGGCCUUCCGGAUAGUCUGAGUGCACUUAUUUCUCAUUUGCCUGAAUGAGAGCCAGUCAGCCUGAGUAUGUGGGUGCUGAGCCUUUCGCCAAAUGGAAUUCCUGAGGUGGAGUAACUCUGCCAGAUCACGGUCGAACCAGGGGCUGAACCGGUUUUUCAUUUUCUAUAUGAGGGAGUGUUUCUUCACAAUACCACUGAAUUUUUUUUUUUUUAAAGGUCCAAGCAUCUUUGACAGAGGGGAUCAAGCUGAUUCUAUACCAAUUUACAGAGGCCAGGUCAUGAAGGAAGUCUUGCUAAUUAAAGUUUUGUAGCAAGGGUUUAAGACAAAUCAGGACAAGGUCGUUUCACUGAGCAGCCAUUACGAACACAUAGAUACAGGUACAGUAUAUACAUAUGAGAUGAGUAAUGUAAGAUAUGUUAACAUUAUCAAAGUGGCAUUGUUUAAAGUGACUAGUGAUCCAUUUAUUAAAGUGGCCAGUGAUAUGAGUCUAUGUAGGCAGCAGCCUCUGAGUUAGUGAUGGCUGUUUAGCAGUCUGAUGGCCUUGAUAUAGAAGCUGUUUUUCAGUCUCUCGGUCCCAGCAAUACUUGUUUUCCACCAUAAUUUGCAAAUAAAUUCAUAAAAAAUCCUACAA